GCUCUUACUAGUCUGUGACGAGCACGACUCGCGACACUCGACUCGACUCGACACUCGGUCGAUCAAACGAACGAUCUGUUUGGUCAUGUAAAGUUUCCUUCCCUUUAAUUUUACAUUAGUUUCAAACCCUUUCCUAUUCCUAAACUAAAACUAAAUUAACUCACAUCACAAUGGCAACUAGAAUAUACAAGGGAGUCGUCAGCGUUGCGGAUAAGUUUGUCCCGAAUAAAUUGCGCCCUCUUUGGGAACACCCAGCUGGUCCAAAAACGAUUUUCUUCUGGGCUCCUGCGUUCAAAUGGGGCUUGGUGAUAGCUGGGUUGGGUGAUUUGACACGACCUGUUGAGAAACUCUCCAUAAGCCAGAGUGCCUCCCUUGCCGCAACUGGACUGAUCUGGUCACGCUACUCCCUCGUCAUUAUACCAAAAAACUAUAGUUUAUUCUCUGUGAAUGUCUUUGUAGCCUGUACAAGUCUUUACCAAUUAAGCAGAGCUUAUAAAUACAGUCUGGAACAAAAAGCUGCAAAAGCUGCACCUGCUGCUCAGGCUCUUGAAACUAGCAUAAAGAAAUAAAUUGAACCAUAGGGCUAUGGAGCUAAAGUUCAGACAGAAAGCAUGGUGGACUUGAGCUAUAUAUCUGAAGUAGGUCAUUUGAUUUACUAGUCUGGGAUUUUAGUAACUUACACAUUUGACAUCAAGUGCAUAUCCAAUGAUGGGCCACCCAUCAACUGUACUUGCUGUUAUGUAGAGAGAGGAUUAUUUAUUGAAAUAUGUAUUGAAUUGCUAGUUAAUUCGCUCAAAUAAGGGUUAAUAGAUAAUAGAUUCAUAUAUCAGGGUUUAAAAAGCAUACCUGAAUCUCGCAAGAUUUUCUGUAUAUUAAAUAAGGUGAAGCUGCAAUCAUUAAGUGUAAUAAAAUUACACUUUGUUUUUUUAAGUAAAGAAUUUGUCUCCCGCUUUUAAAAGGCACAUAUUAUAAUAGGAAUAAUUAUUUGUUAUUUCCCUUUUUCCAGUAAAGUGGAUAGUUUGGUACAACAUGGUUGUAACAUAAUACAUACUUCAUUUCAAAAUAUUAAUUAUAAUGAGAUGUUUGUGCUCCAUAAUUUACAUCAUACCUAAAGUCUGCAAAUUAUAGAGCACACACUUAACUGUAUUUACAAACCAUAAAGGUAUUGUGUCUGUGAUAAUGUUAUUUAUCAUAAUAGCCCAAUGGGUGAUUUACAAAAUCAUGCCAGAUUAACCACCAAUCUAUUUUUCGAUUCAUUGGCCCCUAUUCCUGCAGGCCGUCCUAAGUUUAUUUUAAGUUAUACCCGUCAUUUUCUUAUCCACCGAAAAGGAAAGGGACGGAUUAUUGUAUAAUUUUAAAAUGAAUGAAUAAUCUGGGCGAAUAAAAUAUGCUUUUCGCCGAUUUGCACGUGUGCUGUCAACUUAAUUACGUCGGGUUAUUCUUUUUUAAAUUUUUGCCUAAAAUUUACGGUUGUUCCAUAAAUUUUAUGCCUGUCGAUUACCCAUCCCUUUCUUUUUCGGCGGAUAACGAAAACAAGCAUAACUUAAAAUAAAAUUAUAUGGUGUCUACAGGAAUUAGCACCUUAUGAAAAUGUUUUAAAUAGGUAACUAAAUAUUUUAUUUUUAUAAUGUUUUUGGUCAUAUAGUUUGGUAAAUUAGUAGAUUAUGUGCAGGAGCUUAGAAUCUGGUAUGCGAAUUAAAUUGUGACUCUCAAGUUCAUCUCUGUAAACUUAAAACAUGGUGAUUCAACAGCACUGCUUAGAAGCACAUUCUCUGUUAAUUUGGCAAUUUUCGUGACCACACUAGGAACUAUUAUAUUACUGUUUUAGGAUUAUAAUGUAUUUAUUGACAUCACAUUAAAUCAAUGUUCAUGUAAAAUGUCUUCUAUUUUUGUAAUAACCUUUUACUGAUGGGAAAUAUACAUUUGUUUUCA